UCUAAAUUAGAGCAUCAAAUAUUAAAUUCCGAAAAAAAAAAAAAAAGAAUUCUAGUUUCCGCCAUAGCUGAUUUGCAUGCGAUUGUGCAGAGAGCUAAACCAAAAUCACAUCUUCAAAUGCAUAUCUAAAGCAUUUUUCCAUGGCGAUUUUCUGACAUGGGGUGUAGUGGCUCGAAGACGGACGAUCUGCCGCUGGUGGUCCGCUGCCGCGAGCGGCGGGAGCUCAUACGCGCCGCCGCCAACCACCGCUACGUCCUCGCCGCCGCCCACGUUUCCUAUUUCCGCUCGCUCAAAGACGUCGGCGAUGCUCUGCGGAGAUUCAUCGACGAGGAAUUGGUAGCUCCGUCAACUUCGCCUUCGCCGCCUCCGAUUUCGCCUCCGUCUUCAAAGCUCGAUGUUGAAUCUCUGCAUUUGCAUGAUGACGACGAGGAAGAGUCGGAUUGGUGUAUUUCGGAUUCUUCUACCGAUGAUGAUGGCGAUCCAGAAGAUAUGCAUCAUCACGAUGUGGAGAAAUCACCAUCUUAUUAUUCAGGCCGUGUUUACUACAUGAAGAAGUCAGCUCCGCCGCCUCCGCAUACGAAAACGGCGGUUCCGCCACAGCCGCACCGUGGCCGGUCAGAUUCAUAUUGGAAUUCCGCAUCUGGUAAGUAUGGUGGCGAUGAGGGGGUUUUCACGGUAACUCCGGCGAGAAAGACUCCGCCUCCGCCGUCACCAAAUCCGUCGGCGUUAGGGUUUCUGAGCCGGUUUGAUGUAUUUGAUGUGUUUGAUGGUGAAUGUGUAGGGUUAAUAUCGAGUGGAGAUCAUGAACAUGCUAUGAAUUCAGUUAGCCCUAAUUCGAGUAAGGUGAUGGAGAAAGAGCGCUUUUGUAAAUUGGGGGAAGAAACAGAGCAUUUGGUGUGUAGAGAGGCUCUCAAGGGAAAGAGCAGCAUUAAGUCCAGUUCAAAAUCUGCGCAAUUGCAAAAGAGUGAAAGUAGUGCUAGAUCAGUGCUUUCAUGUGGUAGUGAGAAGAGUAAGAGUGUAGAGUUUGUAAAUCCAUACGGUGAACAAUCCCCAAAAGGGGACAUGGAUGAGACUCCAAGAAGUGUAGUGUCGAAGAGGGUAAGUGAGGGUUCGAUGAAGAAGAAGAAAGGGGCGCAUUCUGAGCUGGAGAGGAGGUCUAGUGGAAAUGCUGGUUCUUCAAGGUUGAGUGGUGUGACUGUGUUGUCUCCUCAUGAAGCAAGAGACCUGAGGGACGUGGUGACUGAAAUUAGAGAUGAUUUUGAGAUUGCGUCUGGCUAUGGAAAAGAAGUAGCCAUGAUCCUAGAGGCAGGAAAGGUGCCGUAUCAGCCUAGCUUCCUCAAAGCAAUUCUGUCACGGAUAUUGUACCUUACAGCACCAUGGCUGACGUUUAUGGAUUCUCCGUCGAUACCAUCUGUAACAUUUGCUUCUAGAUCUGUGAAGCUGGCGAAGUCAUACUUUGAAGAUGUUGGAAAGGAAUUUGGUGCCAAGUUUGGUAGUCUUUCUUCGACACUGGACAAGAUAUAUGCUUGGGAGAAAAAGCUGUACAAGGCAGUAAAGGAUGAAGAAAAGCUUCGAAUCAUGUAUGAGAAGCAACGAAUGAGGCUGAAAAUCUUAGACGGGGUUGGAGCUGAGCCCGCCAAGGUUUGUGCUGCUGAAGUUUCCUUGGUAAGAUUACUAACAAAGCUCGAUGUUCGUGUUAGAGAAAUUGAUAUCAUCUCGAGUAGGAUACACAAGUUGAUGGAUGAAGAAUUGGAACCAAAGAUCAUUGCAUUGAUUCAAGGGAUGAUUGGAAUGUGGAACGCGAUGCUCAGAUGUCAUCAGAAGCAGUUUGAAGCCAUCUCGAAGAGUAAAAUGCAGAAUCUGAGAGCAAAAACCGGCUCCCAGAAGAGCACCAUCACCAAUCUUGAGAAGGAGCUCCGUGCAUGGCGUCGCCAUUUCAAUGAUUGGAUCGGCUUACAAAAGUCGUAUGUGGAAUCCCUGAACGGAUGGCUUCAGCAGUUUCAUGAGGGCGAACCAGGAGCAGCUCCUUACGUCCCUGCUCCUUAUUCCCCGGGCCAGCUCAGAGCUCCUCCUAUUUUCGUGAUCUGCAACGACUGGCACAAGGCAAUGGAGUCCAUCUCUGAUCGAAGGCUGUCAAAUGCUAUGAACGGCUUCUCAGCCGGCCUGCAGAAGCUACGGGGGAAACAGGACGAGGAGGCGCAGCAACGGCUUAGAGCAGAACAUGUUUCGAACAAGUAUCAGAAGCUGAUGAGAAGUCAUCGCGUGGAGAGGCAGAGAAUGAAGCGUGGUGCGCCGUCGAAGCUGAAUGAUGUGGAGUUGAAUUUGGAUUGUUUGAAGCAGAGAUUGGGCGAGGAGAAAAGGAAGCACGACGACACAGUGAAAGUCGCGCAGAAUGCAGCUUGUGGCAGCUUACAAGGAGGCCUCAUUCCUAUUUUUAAAGAAUUGGACAACUUCACAGUGAAAGCUCUCAAAUCACAUCAACAUAUUAGGCUGCGGCAUCCAGUUUUGCAGUAGAGAUGAGAAUAAGACACCAAGAGAUGAGGAAUCUAAGUUAAAAUAAAUAAUACAUUUAUUGCUUGAAUUUUACAUUCAAACAUUAGUUACAGACUACAAAUAAGAGAGUAAAAACGCUGAAACAGACGCCACUAAAGUAAACGAAAAGCAGGAAGGGAAAAUGGGGAUCCUCUCAAGUAGAUUGUUGCAUGGUGUCUCUCUCGUCUUUGUCUCUCCCCCACUCAUGCAGGCUGAGAUGCAGCUCCCCCGCGGCGAUCAAGAAAUGGACGGCCUGGAUGGGCGAGAGGAUGCCGACGACGGCCUUGAGUGUUCCGAGGCGGAGAUCAUCCGCACUCUGUAGAACCUUCUGGAAGCCUUCCUCCUUGACUCUAAUAGCUGAUUUAAUCCUCCUUCCGAUAAUGCCCUCGCCGUCGUCCUCCGCUCGGCUGGUCUGACUCAGCUCCACCAUCUCCGCAUCCGCCACACUCUCCUGCUGCUUCGCCACCUUCUCCGAUAUCCUCCGCUCCUCCGCCACCGUGCUCCGCUGCAGCUUGUCGAUGAGCCCCAGCUGCUCCGCCGUCAGAUCGCUCAGAUCAAGGGGGCCGACGCCGAAAGCGCCGACGCCGGAGAACUUGGCCUCGAGCUGGAGGCCGGACUUGGAGUAGAGGAGGUGGAAGGCGGCGGUGGGGCGCCAGCCGCCGACCCAGAUGAAGGCGUCCUCGAGCUGGCUGAUCCAGGGCGGCGAGAGGAGGAGGAGGGCGUCGGUCUUGGCGCAUUUGGAUUUGGUUUUGUAGUAUUUUUCGUAGUGCGCGACACAGCGGGAGACUAAGAGCGGAAGCGGCGAGUCGGUUUGGGAAUGGGAGGAUUUGGAAGCCAGGAGGAGGCGCCCCAGCUCUUGCCGCUGCUCUCCUAUCCACUUUGUGUAGAAUUCUUGGAAGUUUUCUUGCUCCUCUUUUCCCAUUUUUCUUUGCUUUCAC